AGCCGAAGCACAACUUUUCCGCAGGCAAAGUGAAAUCAAGCCGCGGACUCGGACACAAUCUAGUUCCCGCUUUUCAACUUAAAUUAGUGGGAAGAAGGUGCGGCCGUCCCCCGGUCGGAGCCGGGGUCACUCGCCCAUCCCCUGGACAGCAGCCAUACGGCGUUGGACGGCUUUGCGGCGGCUUCCGAGCACUUUUGGAGACGGGCGGAAAGUCGGUGAUGAGUCCCGGGCUGCCAAAGAAGCGACAACUUGCUCCCCGAGCCGUCUAGUUCUGCUUUGGCUUGUUGUCGCUCGAAAACAGGGCAAUUUGGCCCCGAAGUUGGCGACGAAAGUGGGAGCAAAGUGCUUUUGUGGACCUAACAUGGAAGUACAAGGCCCGCAAGAGGCGCUCAAAGUGGAAAUCCAAUGUCAUCAGGGUCCGACGCUGUGCAAAGGCCUGAAUGAAGUUCCCAAUGGACAGAAACUGGCGGUGCGGAGUUGCCCGGUGGGCGCCGGCAAGCCGCCAUCCCUCAUCAAGCCCGCUGGCCAGGCCAUCUCCAAGGCUCCCGUCGCCGCGGUGACGACGUCGACGCACCUCAAGGGGCAGAAGGCGCCCCCCGGCUUGGAGCCGCAGCCGCUGGGAGCUCACCCGUCGGGAGCCAGGAAGGCCCCGGAGCUUCCUCCCACGCAGAUGUCCGGCUCGCUCAGCUCGGUUCCCAUCACGGUGCCUCAAGUCAGCUCGCCGCAGCGGGCGGCCGGUCGGGUACUACCUCAGGUCAGACCAAAGACGCCGAUCCCCGACAGCCUUCCUCACAGUCCGUGCCGGAACGCCUCCCCGGCCCAUCCGGGCCCCCGUCGGCAGCCUUACGACGGCCCGGCCCUGGACUCUGGCGGCCCCGCCCACCACGGCGCCGGCGUGGCCUACGCCAUCAUCUCGGCCGACGCCAACGGGGUGGCUGCCGUCAGCGAGGCCGUCAAGGUCAUCAUCAUCCAGCCUCAGGCACCCGGCGGCGGCGAGGAGGUGUCGCUCCCCCUGCCAUCGCCCGCUCCUACCGGCAAGAUGGAGGAGGACCUCACCAAGGAGAAAAUGUCCUUUAUGGUCGCACUCGGGCUGGUCACCAACGAGCACCUGGAAGAACUCCAGCUGAAGAGGCAGGAGAGGAAAAGGCGCAGCACAGCGAACCCCGCCUACAGCGGCCUCUUUGAACCAGAGCGCAAGCGGCCGGCGUGGCAUUACCUGACUGGCUCGCUCUUCCUCUCGCCACCAGACUCUGAGGAUUUCUGCUGGAAGGAUGAGGCGGAGCGGGACCAGCGCUGCGCUGUGUGCCGGCGGGAUGGCGAGCUGCGGCCGUGCCGCGGCUGUCCGCGAGCCUUCCACCCGGACUGCCUCUGGCCGCCGCUACCGCUGGAGAGCCCGCCCCGCGGACCCUGGUACUGCCCCAAGUGCCACAAGAAGGUCCUGAACAAGGAAAACAUGUCCUGGCCACGCAACUUUGUGCAGUCGUACGUCACGCACAAGACAGUGCGUCUGGAGGAAAAGCGGCGUCUGCUUCGGCGAAACGUGGAGCUGAAGAAAGACUGCGCUCACCUGGAGGAGGAAGACCGGCAGCUCAGCAAGACGCUCCGACGCUGCCUGGAUCGACGAGAUGGUCUGGCGGCGCGGCAGCGAGACACGCUGGCGGCGCUGGAGCGACUCAAAACGCUCAUCAGGCUCAUCCGCCUUAGCGUGACGACCGCCUCCGCCUUGACGCCCGCCGGCCCGCCCUCCUCCUCUUCCCCGUCCUGGAUGAAAAGCGAGCCGUCGGCCUCUCCUCUCCGGACCUUGCCAGGCAACAAGUAGCCCCGAAAGCCCGCCCGCCCCCUCCCGUCGUGGCCGGCCAGUUGAUAAUUUGUUUGUCCUGAGACCUCCGGUGCUUACGAGAUUACUUUUUCUUUCUUUGUGGGCCUUAAACUUGGUGCGGUUGCUACAGAAGCAGCAGCAGCAACUUUUUUUUUUUUUUUUUUUGCCAAAACAAGUCAGCAAGUAUUUGCCGAAGAAGAAAGUAUUGCAGAGCAAAGUAGAGCAACUCAGCAGUAUUGGCCCGUCGGAUCAAAUAGAGGAGCGCUCGAUGCGAGGGUCCGGUCCGGUCCGGUGGGGAGUCGAGUCGCCCGUAGUUGCAACAAAGCCAUUGGCCGAGGAAAA